CAUCAGACAACCAGGUGAAAAGGAAACAUAAAUAGCAGCCACACCUUUACCUAACCUGCAGUCUCUGAGAGUAGCUCGGCACGACGUUUUGCUGCGUCACUCAGUCACUUACGGAUCUAUACACCUGGAUGGUAUACGUAGACAUUGUGAUACAAUACUUCAUCUUCUCCUGGCAUUGUGGAUACCAAGGGUCAAGGUAUGUCCACUCCGGCUUCCAAGGGGGUUCUACGGCCUGUUCUGAUUGUCUGUUUUUUUAUGGCGGGCUUCGUGGGAAUAUUCUUAAUUUACUACAAACCCCCGAUCAAGUUCCUUUCAUGCCCUACUGACCAGGCAUCCCACAAGGGGAAGGCUGGUUGUUCUCCCUGCCCUCAAGUAAGUAUGGCAGGGAACCACACAGGGCAAAAAACACACCAUGCACAGACAGCCAUUCAGGCCGAUGAUGACGGAGACACAGACACUAUCAUUUUGAUCUGGAUGUGGCCAUUUGGUCAGGCCUUUGACAUAGACUCUUGUGCCUACUUUAACAUCAAAGGCUGUCACCUAACAGUGGAUAAAAACCUUUACAGCAAGGCGCACGGUGUCAUAUUCCACCAUAGAGACAUCCAUGGAGACCUGAAGAACAUGCCCCAAGAGCAACGUCCAUGGUUCCAGAAAUGGGUGUGGUGGAAUGCAGAAUCACCGGCUAACACAAACAGGAUCCCUGGUGUUGACCACUUGUUCAAUUUGACUGCCAGUUAUCGACUGGAUUCUGAUAUCAAGGUUCCAUAUGGGUCGCUUGUCGAGGUAACCAGUGAGGAUAAAAUCUUUGAGCUGCCCAAGAAGGACAAAUUAGUCUGCUGGGUAGUGAGCAACUGGAACCCAAACUACAAGAGGGCACAGGUGUUCAACGAGCUCAGUAGGCAUGUCAAAAUAGAGGCCUAUGGGAGGCAUUUUAGUAGAUACCUUGAAAACGAAGACUACUCAAAGACGCUGUCCAGCUGUAAAUUCUACCUGGCAUUUGAAAACUCCAUCUACAAAGACUAUGCUACAGAGAAGCUGUUCACUGCUAUGAAGUUGGGAGCCGUGCCCGUUGUUCUAGGUCCAUCCAGGGACAACUACGAGCAAUUUAUCCCAAGGGACUCUUUCAUCCAUGUGGAUGACUUCUCCUCUACAGAGGAGCUGGCGAAGAAUCUUCUCUUUCUCGACCAGAAAAAAGAAGAAUACAUGAGGUACUUCACCUGGCGAAAUAACUUUAAAGUUCAACAAUGGUGGUUUGGACUUGAGCACGCCUGUCGCUCAUGUGAUUACAUUCAAAGAAAUAAAGGAUACAAAACUUUUCAUAAUCUAAAUAAAUGGUUUUGGGGCUAAGUGACCCAUUUGUAGUGGUCAACAAUGUGGCUGUGUGAAGAGUAUUGUAUGCUGGACAACCAGGUGUGGAAUAGUUUAGGGUCGUUCCACCAGUUUGGUACCUUUUGAGAAGUGUAACGGUUAAAAACUGAGCAGGUUUUUUUUCUUCACCACAAAACACUAGAACAUUUCCAAGAAGAGUAGAACCAGUUCACAUGCUUUUACACUAUGAUUUGACUAUUAAAUGUUCAAAGCUUCUUUUAAGAAAAAUAUUUAAUCAGGAAUAGUUUUUCCCCAUAUUAAAACCAAAGUUCAGUUCACGUAACAAGGUAGAGCUUAAAAUUAGGGAUAAAUUAAUCACUAAUCACAAAUGUAACUCUUCAUAUUCAAUGCAACAAAAUAACUAAGGCUUUAAAAUGAUGGGGAAAACUUGGAGAAAUGUUGGGGUUAAGCGGGUUCAAAUCUUCCUAGAAAUCAGAGUGCAUGGAGGGACAUGUCAAAACGCUACAUUUUCACUCUUUAAGUCUUUAUCCGUAUAAAAAAACUGUUAUAGAAUUCUCCAUGUGGUCUAUAUUAAAGGGCACCUCAUUUAAUAUAACAGGGUUUUAAAAUCCAAUACUGGUGCACAAUUUCUACUUAAAAUAUUGAAGGGAUGGACAAGACACUCUUUCUUGAAACAAAACAACCCUUUAGAAUAUUAGGAGCUCUAGUAGCUGUUGCACAUGCAACAGCCACUCUUUCUGGGGUGCACACAAACCAUACAAUACACAGAGAAAAGAGGAGGGGAACGGGUAAAAUGACUUGUUACCUAAUAAUGUAAAAUGUUGCCCACAUUAACAUAAUGUAAUGUAAAAUGUUGCCCACAUUAACAUCAUGUAAUGUAAAAUGUUGCCCACAUUAACAUCAUGUAAUGUAAAAUGUUGCCCACAUUAACAUUAUGUAAUGUAAAAUGUU